AUGUUUCGAAACAAUACGUUGACCCCCGGCAAAGGGGGUUCUAGUUUGGAUAUGUUUUCAGCAAACGACUUCAUGACAUGGAUCGAUGGUAUGAAGCAUAAUUCAUAUGAAAACGGUUGUUCUCCGUUUUCAUUCCGUCCCAUACACGAAUCUUCUCACAAAAAGCCCAGACGACCCUCGCGUUUGUCCAUUGUAAAUAUAUGGAAUCAAUCUCCUACCUCUGCCCGGGGUAUGCUUUUCCCAUUGGAAUCUGACCACAAAGAGGAAGAUAUGGAUGAAAUUGUGAAUGUCGAUAAUGAUGUGAAUGACUAUGAAACUCAUAAAAAUUUUAUGAUCGAUCAGAAGAAUCAUGAACUUAAUGAAGAUGAGGAAGAAAAGAAAGAUAAUUGGCAAUUGGAUCAAAAUUUGGAAUGCAUCGUUUCUGAUGAUGAAGCUUCGGAUCAGGAAGGUUUUUACGAAAGAAGCGAAGAUGAAUUGGAAGACGAAGGACAGGAAGCAGAAGAUGGAUUUUACGUAUCUCGAACAGAUGAAAGAGAAGAUCCGGAAGUAAUUGAAAUCGAUAGUGAAGAAGAGGAGCAAAGUCGGCAUGAUCUCGAUGAGAAUAAUGAUCAAAUCUUAUCUCACCCAGACUCUGAAGAACAGAAUACUGAAAAUCAACUUCGAAAUGCUUUGGAUCCCACUCAAAGAGAUAGUAUGAGCUCUCAGGCAUCUCAGUCAAGUCUACAUACGGGUGCGGUUUCAUACCCAGAGCUAGUGCGUCUUAGCUAUGAACAAAGCGGUGUUUCUGAACUUCUUAACCAGUAUUCAGAAAGUACGAAGAUCGAUUCUCAUAAUAAUCCGGAAACAGACUCAUCUCUUUUCUUUCGCCGUCCUUCUCUCGACCGUGCCACUCGUUCAUCUUCUUUCGUUAACCCUUUGAUACAAGCUGGAAAAGGUGUACGAGAUGAGAACGCUGAGACGGAUGAAUCAUACACUGAGUUAGACGAUACAUUUUCACGAAUUAAACAGGACAAUGUGAACAAAUUGAAUGAGGAAGCUUCUGAGUUGCUUGAAGAACUCAAUGAUUCUGAUACAUUUCAAAAAUUGGUAAGACAUGAGAUUGAACCAACCGUUUCUGAUACAAGUGGUGUUGUUGAUGAAAUUCAACAAAUUGAUGAUGCUUCCCAGUUUGUGUCCUUUUUGGAAGAUACACGUUUGGUACCUUCUAAUAAUUUACAGCCCACAAAACGGAAAUUGUCGGAGUUGAUGGAAAACAUAUCUUCCCCGGACUGUAGCAUGGCAGACGCUUCUGCUAUUUUGGAAAGUUCCGAUUUCUUAAAUUCUAAUUCUGCUAUGUCAACAAUCCCUAAUAAAAAGCGGCAUCUUGAUUAA